AUGCGUUUUCUAUUUUUGACCGCGUUUGCAAAUGGUCAAAUCGGAUACAGCGAAGUCGGAAACAACGAAAUCGCGAUUCCAGAGUCGGCGAAUCUCGACUGCUCACAUGACCCAUUCGGGAAUUUCGUCGGAGUUCGAGGAAUCGGCCUGCAUUUAGACGAAGAGCUACCUUUUCUGGUCCACGUGAUUGCUAAUGACAGAGAAAUCUGCAACGGAAUAAUCCUUGGCAGCACAACACUUUUGGCACCAACUGCUUGUUGCUCGGAAAUUGAAGAAAAAUCAAUGUCGACUUUGAUCAGCUUCAGUACUAAUACAGGAACCGUUCACGAUUUCGCGCAUCUCAGUAAUGAAAAUGGAAACUUUUGCUCGAUCGAAUUGGAAGAAAGUCUGACUUGGUCAAGUCUCACUCGACCAGCUUGCUUCCCCCAAGUCAAUGAAAAUUUUGGGCAAUGCUGGGAGCUCGAUACAAGACAAGCUUUUUACAAGUCGAAGAGCUUGGAAAUGGAAAAUUGUUCUGAAGGCGAUUUUUGCAGCAGCUCGUUUGGAUGUAGAGAAAAUGACGUCGGGAAUCCAGUGAUUUGCUUGAACAAAGAAAAUCAGAUCAAUAUGGUCGGGUUCAAGGAAUCGUGUCUGGGCGACAUCAACGUCUGGUCCUCCCUCACAGCCGCCAACAACAACGAUUACAUCCUCGCUUCAUCAGUUGGCCUACCGACUUCGACUACUCAAGCUCCAAAGAAAACCCCACCACGAAGAGUUACUCGCCCCCGACAGCCAGCUAACAAAGCCGUUUCGCAAGGCCAAAACCAAGGUAAGUAUAAAAUGACUUGCAUGCGUUGCAGCGGCAAGAAUUUCUUCGACUGCCACAAGAAAGCGCAGGAGGUAAAGUGCGGCUGGGAUGAGGUUUGUUUCACUUCGGUCAGGAAGCGAAACGGGCGCUUGAUCGGAGUCAUCAAGGACUGCAAGCAGAAACUCGCCUGUGUCAACAUGAGAAACCACAAUUUUAAAAAUGGCGGGGCAGAUGAUCAAUGCAGGCUUACGAAGAAACGAGGACCGUCUGUUUGUCGGCAGUGCUGCGACUGGGGCAAAAACGCGUGCAAAGACAAGUUUUGGAACGAGUCCGCUGGUUUCGACUGGAAGAAAAAUUAUCUCCUGUAA